GCGGUAAUUCUAUUCCAUGUAGACAACGAUUAAUCUGUUCGAAACGGGUUGCUUCAAAAAUUACUUAGACUCGGAUUGCUUUAUUGUUUUUUUAAAAAUUUACAUUGCUCUCAAAUUAUUUAUAUUAUUUUUUUUGGCUCCGAGAACGGUGAAUUGCCGCACAGCGCAAAUUAAGAAGCGAUUCACAAAAUUCCAUAAAAUUUCAGCUUGUUUUAAGGUACUAGUUUUUUGAAAAGGUUGGAAAUCCUUUUGAAAUUGAUAGAGAUGAAUAUUUUGCCUAAACACAAUGUUGCUUCUUAUUUUGACAUUCGUGUAGCAGCGGAUCGUGAUAUUAUUGUGGUCCAAGGAUCUCCAGAGUCUGCCGAAUUAACUCCAUUAUCUGGUGUGGUUAUUCUUUGCUUAACGGAAAGUAUUUCUGUUCGAGCGAUCUCUUUAAAACUGACUGGCAGGUGUCGUGUCUCAUGGUCGGAACCUUCGUAUAAUAGCCGCACCGGAUUGCGGCAUAACAAGCAGGACUCAGUAGUCUACGAAAAAAUUUGGAACUUCCUUCCAUAUUCUGGUGGAUCUAAAACUCUUCGUGCGGGCAACUACGAAUACCCCUUUCGCAUUAUGCUUCCGGGUAAUAUUCCUGAAUCUGUAGAAGGGUUACAGAGCUGCUAUGUAAUAUACCGUCUAAAAGCCACUAUUGACAGGACGGGUCUUAAUAGCAGAAUGAUAAAAAAGAAGCAUAUUCGUCUCAUUCGCACGUUGCCUCCUGAUGCGGUUGAAUAUACUCAAACUGUGAGUGUCGAUAAUACGUGGCCUAACAAAAUCGAAUAUACAAUUAGUAUUCCCACUAAAGCGUAUGCAAUUGGCUCAUAUAUCCCUACCCAUUUUGUACUUGUACCGUUGUUAAAGCGCCUCUCAAUCGGAAAAGUCACUAUUACUUUGAAGGAAUAUAUUACGUUACAUGUUGCCCAUGGCCAUAAUGGUCUUCCGGCUUCAAAAGAUGAGGUUCGUACGGUACGAUCUUUGCAAACUGAUGAAAUUGAGGAAUACGCAGACCAUUAUGAACUAUCCAAACACUUGGAACUUCCUACUUCUUUAGUCGACUGCUUACAGGAUUGCGAUCUCGAGGGUAUAAAAAUUCGUCAUAAACUAAAAUUUUCAGUUUCCUUACGAAACCCGGACGGUCAUGUUUCAGAAUUAAGGGCCGCCUUGCCUGUCGUAUUGAUGAUUCCCCCUCAGCUUUUUGGAGAUGCUGCGGAUUUGGAAUCUCUUCGAGAAAAUUUUGACUCGUUAAAUCAACCGUUGCCCAGUUACAAAGAUAGCAUGUACGAUCAACUCUACGAUGGGCUGAAUUAUUCGAAUGUCGAAACGCCCCUUCCAAGUGGUGCUACUACUCCCAGAAGACGUGACUCUACCGAGCCUAGCCAAUCUGCUGAAAGCCAUCGUAGACAACUGUUUGCUGGUCUGACAGCUUUGGCUCAACAACAACAGCCUGGUGAUCGACGUGCAAGUGAACAUUCACCUUCUCGGUUUGAUGAUGAUUAUCCUUCUUUUAGUUUUGGAUCAAAUCCUUCAAGUGGUGCCACUUCUGGGGCUAUUACUAGGAACCCCUCCGAAACGAGUUUAGCGGAAUUAAGCCGUGUUCCUUCCUACACUGAGGCUACACGCUCAUCGAUUAAUGCAUUGGAGUCUCCGCUACAACCAUCUUUACCCGGGUAUGAGGAUGUUACUCGAACGGAACAUCUUUCCCGUCCUACCUCUCCUGGUACCUUAACUCCUCCCCAGCGUCAGUCAUCCAUGUUCUUUACUUCACCAGAUGCCGGUACCCAACGUCGUUCCUUAGACGGUCGUCGUCCAUCAGACCAAAAUCCUGCGUCAUUACCAACCUCGCAUAGUAGCGGAUCGCUUGCGCAUUUGGGACAGUCUUCAAAUGCCAAUAACUCAAAUUCUGGCCCCCAUCGACCACCUAAUGCUCGCGUCAGCACUCAUAGGAAUGCUCUUGAAGCGUUGCGACGUGCUCGCAUGCUUCCAUCAAGUUUCACGAGAAGAAGUUAAAUGUACUUUCCUGAGGGUUUACUAAACUUAACUCUGUUUGUUGGUGAACAUUUUUUAUUUUUUUAAAGGAAAAAAAUUCUAUAUGUUUUUGUUCCCAACGGUUUCAUCGCUCGUUUUGAAGAUUAUUUAUUUGUGAUGUUAUGUUAACUAUGAUGUUGUUAUGGUGAUCGUUAUACUAUUACUGCUUUCUUUGAAAAAGCGCAGGCAAAACUCGAACAGAUUUUGAACUUAAGUUACUCUUUUAGUUUGUUUCUGGUAAACGAAUUGUUGGAGACGAUUAAGUCCAAUUUAGUGUGCUUUAAAAGUUUUGAUUUAAAUUAUUACAUCGGUCCUUCUGAUGAUGCAAAUCACUCAAUAUAAUAUAUUUGUGCUGAAAGAUAUUAUUACCAUGGAAGAAAGAAAAAAACAUCAUACCAUCCUUAUCGUGUUGUAAAUAGUAGAAGUAAAGAACAAGGGAAU